UCGAGCUGUGGUCACAUAAGCCUUGUGUCAAGGGGGCAAAACCAGCUACGCUUUGAAGAUGUUUCUAUCUUCUGCAUUUCGAUCUGCUGUUUCCCUAACGGCUAGGCAGGUCAGGAGCGUUCACCGGUCUGCCGCCAGAGCUGGAGCUGGGGGCAUCUUCGUGCACAGGGAUACCCCUGAAAACAACCCAGACACUCCCUUUGAGUUCACAGCGGAGAACCUGAAGAGGAUUGAUGCUAUCAUUAGUAUGUACCCAGAGGGCCACAAACAGGCCGCCACCAUCCCUGUGUUGGACCUGGCUCAGAGACAGCAUGGAUGGCUCCCCAUCUCAGCCAUGAACAAGGUGGCCGAGGUGCUUGAGGUCCCUCCGAUGAGGAUCUAUGAGGUAGCGACGUUCUACACCAUGUUCCUGAGGCAGCCGGUGGGCAAGUACCACAUCCAGAUCUGCACUACAACUCCCUGCAUGCUUUGCGACUCCGACAGCAUCCUGGAGGCCCUCCAGAACAAACUGGGCAUCAAGGUAGGAGGGAUGACGUCAGACAAGAUGUUCUCUCUAAUAGAGGUGGAGUGUCUCGGUGCCUGUGUUAACGCUCCCAUGGUCCAGAUCAACGACAACUACUACGAAGACCUGAGUCCAAAAGACAUCGAUCAGAUCAUUGAUGAGCUGAAAGCUGGGAACGUCCCUCCGCCUGGGCCCAGGAACGGGCGUUUCUCCUGCGAGCCAGCAGGAGGACUGACGAGUCUGUCUGAGCCUCCCCCUGGACCUGGUUUCGGUGUCAGAGCUGAUCUAUAGAGACCUACAGUGUAUUUCAACAACUCCCUAGCCCCUAUAUAGUGCACUACCGAAGACCAUAGGGCUCCAGUUAAAAGUAGUGUAUCGGAUAAAAAAAAAAUAUAUAUAUAUACAUACACACACACACACACACACUGUAUAAGAACCGUUCUGUUCAGGGGAACACCUAACUUCAGUGGAAAUAAUAAUAAUAAUAAUAUUGUGAAUAAAAUGUCAAUGUGCUCAUGGGCGUCA